AUGGCGAUAGAUGUCAAUCUCCAUCAGCUGAUUAGCACUGGAGGGGGUAUAACUGACUCCGCUGCAGCAAAUACAGCAACCGUGACACAAAGAGAGACAACCGCAACACAAAAAACUAUUCUACUAACAUCUACAACACAAAGCAGCACUUCAUUUGCGCCUACAACAACUAAAUCCCCUCCAGAAAAUGUUCAGAAUGUGAUUGUGACGACGCAAAAUGAGACCAGCAUAACCCUGCAGUGGACAAAAGUCUCCAACAUUAACACAUAUACACUUGAGUUUAAUGGCAGAAAGAUCAAGGUUACUGCUUCUGCAGGAAAUGUCACAUACACAGUCUUAAACCUGACUGAUGGAACCAGAUACAAUUUCAGUCUCUUCACUGUGUCUGCAAAUGUCAGAAGCAGUGGAGUAAACUACACUGCAGUAACAGCUCCACGAAGAGUUAAUGCUGUGACUGUGGUGAAACAAAAUGAGACGAGUGUAACACUGAAGUGGAACAAAGUUAACAACAUAUCCGAAUACUUCCUGCAGUAUGAUGACAGCGGCAGUGUCAUAAAGAAGAAUAUCAAUGUUUCUGAAGAUGGACCUGUUGAAUAUGUGGUCUCUCCUCUGACUGCUGGGACAAACUACAGCUUCACUCUCUUCACUGUGUUUGAGGGAGUCAACAGCAGUGGAUACAAAUUUACUGCUGUGACAGCUCCUUGGGACGCUAGAGAAUUCAGAUCAAUUGAUCAAAAUGAGACCAGCAUAACCCUGCAGUGGAAAAAAGUCCCCAAUUUCAACAUGUAUACCCUUGUGUUUAAUGAAAAAGAGAUCAACAUCACUUCUGUGGAAGUUGUGACAUACUCGGUUGGAAAUCUGAAAAGUGGUACCAAAUACAACUUCAGUCUCUUCACUGUGUUUGAAAAUGUCAGAAGCAAUGGAGUAAACCACAUUGCAGUAACAGCUCCAGGAAGAGUUACUGCUGUGACUGUGGUGAAACAAAAUGAGACGAGUGUAACACUGAAGUGGAACAAAGUUAACAACAUAUCCGAAUACUUCCUGCAGUAUAAUUACAACGGCAGUGUCAUAAAGAAGAAUAUCAGUGUUUCUCAAGACGGACCUGUUGAAUAUGUGGUCUCUCCUCUGACUGCUGGGACAAUCUACAGCUUCACUCUCUUCACUGUGUUUGAGGGGGUCAGCAGCAGUGGAUACACACUCAGUGCUGUAACAGCUCCAGAAAAUGUUCAGAAUGUCAUUGUGAAGACACAGACUGAGACGAGUAUAAGCCUGCAGUGGGACAAAGUUAACAAAAUAUCAACAUACAUCCUGCAGUAUAAUUACAACGGCAGUGUCAUAAAGAAGAAUAUCAGUGUUUCUCAAGAGGGACCUGUUGAAUAUGUGGUCUCUCCUCUGACUGCUGGGACAAUCUACAGCUUCACUCUCUUCACUGUGUUUGAGGGAGUCAACAGCCGUGGAUACAGAUUCAGUGCUGUGACAGCUCCAGAAAAUGUUCAGAAUGUAAUUGUGAAGGCACAGACUGAGACGAGUAUAAGCCUGCAGUGGGACAAAGUUAACAAAAUAUCAACAUACAUCCUGCAGUAUAAUUACGACGGCAGUGUCAUAGAGAAGAAUAUCAGUGUUUCUCAAGAGGGACCUGUUGAAUAUGUGGUCUCUCCUCUGACUGCUGGGACAAUCUACAUCUUCACUCUCUUCACUGUGUUUGAGGGAGUCAACAGCAGUGGAUACAGAUUCAGUGCUGUGACAGCUCCUUAUGACACUAGAGAAUUCAGAUCAAUCGCUCAAAAUGAGACCAGCAUAACCCUGCAGUGGGAAAAAGUCCCCAAUGUCAACAUGUAUACCCUUGUGUUUAAUGAAAAAGAGAUCAACAUCACUUCUGCGGAAGUUGUGACAUACUCGGUUGGAAAUCUGAAAAGUGGUACCAAAUACAACUUCAGUCUCUUCACUGUAUUUGAAAAUGUCAGAAGCAAUGGAGUAAACCACAUUGCAGUAACAGCUCCAGGAAGAGUUACUGCUGUGAAUGAGGUGAGACAAAAUGAGACGAGUAUAAGCCUGAAGUGGGACAAAGUUGACAACAUCUCAGAAUACUUCCUGCAGUAUGAUGACAAUGGCAGUGUCAUAAAGAAGAAUAUCAGUGUUUCUCAAGAGGGACCUGUGGAAUAUGUGGUCUCUCCUCUGACUGCUGGGACAAUCUACAGCUUCACUCUCUUCACUGUGUUUGAGGGGGUCAAGAGCACUGGAUACACAUUUACUGCUGUGACAGCUCCAGAAAAUGUUCAGAAUGUGAUUGUGACGACGCAAAAUGAGACCAGCAUAACCCUGCAGUGGACAAAAGUCUCCAACAUCGACACAUAUACACUUGAGUUUAAUGGCAGAAAGAUCAAGGUUACUGCUUCUGCAGGAAAUGUCACAUACACAGUCUUAAACCUGACUGAUGGAACCAGAUACAAUUUCAGUCUCUUCACUGUGUCUGCAAAUGUCAGAAGCAGUGGAGUAAACUACACUGCAGUAACAGCUCCACGAAGAGUUAAUGCUGUGACUGUGGUGAAACAAAAUGAGACGAGUGUAACCCUGAAGCGGGACAAAGUUAACAACAUAUCAACAUACUUCCUGCAGUAUGAUGACAGCGGCAGUGUCAUAGAGAAGAAUAUCAAUGUUUCUCAAGAGGGACCUGUUGAAUAUGUGGUCUCUCCGCUGACUGCUGGGACAAUCUACAGCUUCACUCUCUUCACUGUGUUUGAGGGAGUCAGCAGCAGUGGAUACAGAUUCAGUGCUGUGACAGUGCCAGAAAAUGUUCAGUAUGUCAUUGUGAAGGCACAGAAUGAGAUGAGUAUAAUCCUGCAGUGGGACAAAGUUGGCAAAAUAUCAACAUACAUCCUGCAGUAUGAUGACAGCGGCAGUGUCAUAGAGAAGAAUAUCUAUGUUUCUCAAGAGGGACCCGUUGAAUAUGUGGUCUCUUCGCUGACUGCUGGGACAAUCUACAGCUUCACUCUCUUCACUGUGUUUGAGGGAGUCAACAGCAGUGGAUACAGAUUCAGUGCUGUGACAGCGCCAGAAAAUGUUCAGAAUGUGACUCCGGUAGACCAAACUAACAGUGACAUAACUCUCACAUGGGGCAAGAUUGACAACAUCUCAGAAUACAUCCUGAAGUAUGAUCAAGAGGAUCAUAUCAAUAAACCUCAAGAGGAUCCCAUAGUACAUGUGGUCUCUCCUCUGACUGCUGGGACAAUCUACAGCUUCACUCUCUUCACUGUGUUUGAGGGAGUCACCAGCAGUGGAUACAGAUUCAGUGCUGUGACAGCUCCUUGGGACGCUAGAGAAUUCAGAUCAAUUGAUCAAAAUGAGACCAGCAUAACCCUGCAGUGGGAAAAAGUCUCCAACACUGACACAUAUAUACUUGAGUUUAGUGAAAGAAAGAUCAGUGUUACUGCUUCCUCAGAAGUUGUCACAUACACAGUUUUAAACCUGACUGAUGGAACCAGAUACAAUUUCAGUCUUUUCACUGUGUUUGAAAAUGUCAGAAGCAGUGGAGUAAACUACACUGCUGUAACAGAGAAGAGAAGAGUUCCUCCUCCCAAUGCGUCUGUGCUCAGAGUCUUCUGCCAUCUAGUGGUCUUCUGUCCAUACUGCAUCUCUACUGGUCUGCUGUGGUCCAUCUACAGCAGCAGGAAGAUGGCAAACAAACCAGCUGUCUCCAUGGAGAUGACCAAGUGCGAUGAUGGAGAUGACGGAUUUGAGGAAGAUUUUUAUGAUACCAUUGAUUAUGUCACCACUGAGCAUGACUUUUAAGCAGACACUUUGUGUACUUGAGUAGUUUUGGAACUCAUUUAGUUUACAAAACAAAAGUACUUGGUUCGGUUUAGGCAUUAAAAGUACACAGGUUCAUGUGGAUAAAGUACUGCGAUGAUUUUGUGUGUGAUAUUGCUCUCUGC